AUGCCGCUGACCCAACGGGCGCUGACCACGUGGGCGUCGAUGGUGGUGUUCCUGGUGCUGCUCACCAUACAGCUGCAGUCCAAACAGAAACAGAGCUGGUACACGAUAUUCAUGCCGAUCUGGAUGGACGACGCGCUCACCGCGCUGUUCAUAAUAUGUUCGUGCGUGCACAGCAACUCGUGCCACGCGAUCAGCGAGAUGCCCGUGUUCUGCGGCAGCCGGCGGUGCAUAAUAUUCAUCAUAUGCCUGAUGAAGAUCAUCGCGCAGCUGACGCUGUGCCACAAGCUCGAGAACAAGAGCCCGCAGCUGCCCAUGGUGUACGUGUUCCUGCCCAUCUGGACGCUGAUCAUUUACCUGAUCAUCAUCGUCGUGCCGCCGCUCAUCAGGCACUACAAGGAAUGA